UGGUUUGCUCAUUGGAGACUCUUUCUUUUCGUCAAUUCCGUGUCGUGGGCCCUUCAAUAUCGAAGACUAUUCGAGACGCUAUGGAGUACUGUGGAAUCUCGUCUGAAGACCGAAAUCGAGAUCGAGACCACGACUAAUCCGCGCAUGACGUCUUCCCUUCUCUAGCUAGAGACCGUUUCUUCACCUCGUUGUCGUGUCUAGAUGCUAGGUCCCCAAGAUUCAUUGUCCCGCUAUGGAGAACUGUGGCCCGUGAGACGGAAACCCCGCCAAAGAACAAGGUCGAGACCAAUAACCAGAAGGAUAGAACUCAACUGUUGGCCUUUCCCGUUCUCUGGUUGGCAACAUGUUCUUCGCAUCAAUGCCGUGUCUUGGAUCCUUCGGUAUCUACCUGAAGAGCGCCUGUGCCGUUAUGGAGAACAGACUGCGGGAACCCCGCUGAAAAUCACGAUCGAGACCAAGAUCAAGCUUACGGCCGUCUUCUUCGCUUAUCUGGUUGGAGACUCAUUUUUCAUAUCAAUCCCGUGUCUUGGACCCCUAGAUACUCAACAGCCAACACUAUUCGGGGCGUUAUGGAGAGCUGUGGCCCGUCGGAAGGGAACCCCGCUGAAGAUCAAAGUCGAGACCAUCGCCAACUCUACACCGAUACUCUCUUUUCUGGCCGAAGCCUUUCUCCAUCUUCUGAUUACGUCUUAGAUUCCUGGAUAUCGAAGAUUCUUCAUGCCGCUAUGGGGUCCAUACUGCAGAACCCCACUGGAAUCAAGAUCUAGAACAGGAUCACCUCUACGCAUCGCCACUGCUUUCUUCUGGGCCUCCUCCAGACCACACUGGAAACAUCUCCAAAGAUGCAAGAGUC